AAUAAGCUUAAACAUUAACUACUUCACUUCCUAAACUUGACAUCCUCAUAUUGUAAAAUGGCUGCUUCCACAAUGGCUCUUUCUUCACCCUCCCUUGCUGGAAAGGCCGUCAAACUGGGCCCAACCGCCUGGGAAAUUCUUGGUGAGGGAAGAGUGACCAUGAGGAAGACUGGUGGGAAAACCAAGCCAGCAGCUUCAUCAAGCAGCCCAUGGUAUGGCCCUGAUCGUGUUAAGUAUUUGGGUCCAUUCUCUGGUGAGGCACCAUCUUACCUCACUGGUGAAUUUCCUGGUGAUUACGGAUGGGACACUGCUGGACUCUCAGCUGACCCAGAAACCUUUGCCAAGAACCGUGAGCUUGAGGUGAUCCAUUGCAGAUGGGCCAUGUUGGGCGCAUUAGGUUGUGUAUUCCCAGAGUUGUUAGCCCGCAAUGGUGUUAAGUUUGGCGAGGCUGUUUGGUUCAAGGCAGGAUCACAAAUCUUUAGUGAGGGUGGACUUGACUACUUGGGUAACCCAAGUUUGGUACACGCACAAAGUAUUCUUGCUAUUUGGGCUUGCCAGGUUAUUUUGAUGGGUGCCGUUGAGGGCUAUCGUGUUGCAGGUGGUCCACUUGGUGAGGUGGUAGAUCCACUUUACCCUGGUGGUAGCUUUGAUCCAUUGGGCUUGGCUGAUGACCCAGAGGCCUUCGCCGAAUUGAAGGUGAAGGAGAUUAAGAAUGGUAGGUUGGCCAUGUUUUCGAUGUUCGGAUUCUUUGUUCAAGCUAUUGUUACUGGUAAAGGUCCAUUGGAGAACCUUGCCGACCAUCUCGCUGACCCAGUUAACAACAAUGCAUGGGCAUUUGCAACUAACUUUGUUCCCGGCAAGUAAAGUGAAGUAGUCGCAUGUCGCAUGAAAUAUCAAAAUCAUUUACCUGCUGAUGGAUCAUGGAUGGGAAUAGGAGGCCACAAAUUGCAGCUUUAUGUGGAUGGAGUAUGUUCUUAUUGUUCGUUGUGAAUUCUGAUACAUUAGAGCUUCAAAAGUAUCAUUUUCUCAUGUAAUUUGUAAUUGUGGUAGGUAAUACAUUUGGCUACAAAUUGUGGUAGGUAACAAGGUUAUUAACAGAAUGAUUGGGAUAAUGAUUUUGGAAUCUCCACUUUUAUAAUGUAAAUAUCUACAUUCGCUACUAAAUUAUUCGAGGAAAAGAGUUAAUUCUGUUGUUUUCA